GUUUUUGGAUCGUAGUAUGUGGUUGGGUUUGCUCGACAACAAAUCAAAGAGAACCAUUCAAAUUCCAUACACACACACAUUCUCCCUCUAGUAAUUUUCGGAUUCUCCAAGACAUUAGGAGGGGCACCAUCUUUGGGAAUAUGUCAGCUUUUGCUUCUUUUCGUGUAUUCUCUGACUUUGUCACCAAGACCCACCUCCACACUACACCAAUUUGCAGAAAGAAUUCCUCUAUCUUCGCUUCUGUGCCUACCCAGAUGUCCAUUUCAUCAAAUUCCCACCCACUACAAAGCAAUUGUUCACUCUCUUUUGUUGCUCCUUUGGAAGCAAUACUAUUUGAUAUUGAUGGAACACUAUGUGAUUCAGAUCCUCUUCAUUAUUACGCCUUCCGUGAAAUGCUUCAAGAGGUAGGUUUUAAUGGAGGAGUUCCAAUAAGUGAGGAAUUCUUCAUUGAGAAUAUUAGUGGUAUGCAUAAUGAAGAACUCUGUAAUGUUCUCUUUCCAUACUGGGAUCUCCAAAGAGCCCUGAAAUUUAUGGAUGAUAAGGAAGCAAUGUUUCGCAGGUUGGCUUCUACCAAGUUAAAACCUGUAAAUGGCCUUGACAAGCUGUGCAAAUGGAUAGAAGAUUGUGGCCUGAAAAGAGCUGCAGUUACCAAUGCUCCAAGACCAAAUGCUGAGCUGAUUAUCUCAAUGCUAGGCCUUGCAAGUUUCUUCGAAGUGCUUGUCAUUGGGAGUGAAUGUGACCGGGCAAAACCUUUCCCUGAUCCUUACUUGAAGGCUCUACACGCACUCAAAGUGUCUCCUAAGCAUGCGUUUGUGUUUGAGGAUUCUGUUUCUGGAAUAAAAGCUGGGGUGGCGGCCGGGAUGCCCGUUGUAGGUGUAGCGUUAAGGAACCCUGAAGUAUUACUGGCCGAAACUGGGGCAACUUUGGUUAUCAGGGAUUUUGAUGAACUAAAGCUGUGGACUUGUUUGGAAGAGCUAGAGAGGAAGACAGAGGAAACCAAAGUCACAACUUGAACCUUUAAUAGCUUCUAUACUGUUCUGUUGCCUGGUGGAUAUUUAUGGAUCAUACUCUUUAUUGUUUUUCCUGUAAAGCUCAAAUUCAACAUCAAUGAAACUCAUUUAUUUACCCCAAACAAAAUGUGGGGUGUCUAGAAUACCCUGAGAUUCGGGUUUGGGAUAAAAAAAAAAUUGGAAAUAAAUUUACGCGUAUUGAAGGAAUGUGAAGUUUGGAAAUAGUACAAUUCCUUUUGUCAUGUAUUCUCGAUUAAUGCCAC